AUGUCGUACCUCCUGAACUACCUCCCAUUUUCAGUCCCCAUCACCAUAUCGGCCAUCUCGCUCAGUAUCGUACCCCUCCUAAUACUCCAUUUCCGAUCCUACCUCUCUCCAUCACUCCGCCCCUCCCCUGAUUCACUUCCCUCCUCAUUCUAUCCAGCAGUAACAUCACACGGUCGUCAUCUACCCCUCACAGCGAAAAAUGCAUUCUCCUAUGCAGUACUGUAUCUAGGUGUGGAUGUGGAUUCUAUGGAGAGUGGUCAUUUGGAUCUUCCAUUUAGGAUAUUCAAAUAUGCUGGUCAUCCAUUAACCAAGCUUAUCGGACUUAGAACGAGAGACUAUCUAUCUCAUGGAGAUGAAUCGUUCAGGGAGAAAUUGGAAAAAUUACUAUGUACAGAUAAGUAUGGUAUACAGAAAGAAGAUAUAGGCAGAAUAUGGUUGGUUACUUUACCUAGUCUUGCUGGAUGGGAGGGACCGAAUCCAUUAACCACUUGGUAUAUCUACAAGAAAAGCAAAGAGGAGGGGAGAGUGGGGGAAAUGUUGUGUGUGAUUCUGGAAGUACAUAGCUCGUUUGCCGAAUCUCAUUGCUACGUCCUUAAGCCUGAUUCUGAAUAUCGUCAAGAACCUGCCAAAGGCUACGACCUAGCCUUCAAGUUCCCACGUCAAUUCCACGUAUCUCCCUUCAACUCACGAGACGGCUUCUAUCGAGCCGACUUGACCAAUCCAUUCCCUGAACCUGACUUAGCUUACUACACAGACAAUCCACCUAAGUUCAAGAUAUUCUUGAAAGUCUUAUCGACAGAUGAUCAAGUCAAAUUCAUUGCUACACUCACUUCUGGUCCUACACCCCCUAUACCCCUGGAGCCAUGCAACAUCCUAUCGAUAUUGAGAAUAUUACUUAAAUGGCCAUUCACGUUAUUUUCUGUGACUGCUCGAACAUUCUAUCAAGCUUAUAAAUUACACUACAUAAAGAAACUUGCGUUGUUCCCUAGACCUGAACAUCACACGGAGGGUUCAGAGGGGUUGGUGAAUCCCCCUGAGAGGGAUGUGCAUGGUAUUGGACAGGGGAUGCAGAGACAGGCUGUAUCGUGGACUGAAAUCCAUGCUAGAAGAGUUGUGGAGAAUUGGGUGAAGCAAAGGGUUGAGUAUACCGGUAUUCAGAUGGAGAUUAGGGUGAAGAAUGGUAGAGAGAAUUUGAUGGUGGAUAAGAAGGAGAAAACGACGUCGAACGGAAAUGGACAUGCCAACGGUCAUGCUAAUGCAAAUUCGAAUGGUCACUCGAACAGUAGAUUGAUCAUAACAACCUCGGAUCCAAUGUUUUUCACCAACCUCCUCGUCUCACCUACACCUCAACACUCAUUAAUCAUGUUCCCCGAACAGCUCACAUCGGAAUCAUCGCCUGAACUAUUUGUGGAGUUCUUCUCCCCAUAUUCAGCAUCAGCAGAAUCUCAUAUCGAUGGUGUAACAAGAUAUACCCGACGUAGACGAACAGAAUACUUCCUAUACCUAUACUCUCACUCGAUCGUUCCGGCUUUACCAUCCGUUCCUCCAAUCAUACCACCCCCAUCACACUUUAUCGAGCACGUAGGUUCUAGCUUCAGAGAUAGAUUGCUAGUUGCAAGAAUAGUAUUUUGGUUCACGUUUAACGAGUACUUCGAAUAUCGUUUGUUUGACUUCCUCAAUGCGAAGUUUGUAAGUGGCUCGGAACCUUGGAAAAUCUGGGAAAGAAGUUUGCAGAGUCAAUUCUGGGGAAUUCAACCACAAGAGGGCAGGGAAGAAGAAAAGAAGUUGGGAACGUAUUUUAUCGGUUAA